AUGGCGACGGAGGACGGCAGCGCGGCGGCGAGGAAGGAGAUCGCCAAGCUGAUCGCGCACAUCAGGAAGCGCCUGGGCGAGGAGGAGGCCGGGCUGGCGACGGGCGUCGGCGCGGUCCCCGUCUACGGCUACCUGCGCCGCUUCGGGCCGGUGCUCGGGCUGGGGGACCGGGAGGCGGCGGCGGCGUGGGAGGCCGCGCGGAGGCUGGAGGAGGGCGUCCUCGACGUGCGGCCCAACGCGGAGGCCGUCGCGGCCGCCAUCUUCUGCAUGGUCCUGGAGCGCGCAGGCGCCAGGAGGCACAUCAGGGAAGUGGCGACGGCCACCGGCAUCCCCUAUACCACCGUCUACCUCGUGUGCAGGAAGCUGCUCUCCCACGCCGCGCUGCUCUUCGACUGA